UCACAUCACAUCACAGUCACACUCAUUUCAUCAUAGAUCUUCCUCUGUUUCUCUCUUCCUUUCGUUUCGUUUCUCUGCAAAUUUCAAUCACAAUGAGAAUUCUCAUUCUUCUUUCCCUCACUACCCUUCUAUUCUUCUCCUCCUUCACUCACAUUCUAUGCGAACAAGAUAUCGAUGACGAAGAUCUCAGUUUCCUCGACGAACCAGAAGCUGGUGAAACCACCACCUCACACCACCACCAUCACGACGACGAUGCCGAUCUCGAAGAAGAUUUCUCAGGCUACGAAGAUUCAGAAAUUCAUCAAGCGCCUGAAUUCGACGAAAAAGACGUCGUCGUUUUGAAUGAUACAAACUUCACUGACGUAGUCAACAAAAACCGAUUCGUUUUAGUCGAAUUCUACGCUCCAUGGUGUGGUCAUUGUCAAGCAUUAGCACCGGAAUACGCCGCCGCAGCGACCGAAUUGAAGGGUGAUAAUGUCAUCUUAGCUAAACUUGAUGCGACUGAAGAUAAUGAAGUUGCUCAGAAAUUUGAUGUUCAGGGUUUUCCUACUAUUCUUUUCUUCAUUGAUGGUGUUCAUAAGAGUUACACUGGUCAAAGAACAAAAGAAGCUAUUGUGACAUGGAUUAAGAAGAAGACUGGACCUGGUAUACAUAACAUUACUUCAUUGGAUGAGGCUAAAACAAUAUUGUCUUCUGAAACCAAAGUUGUUUUGGGUUUUCUCAAUUCUUUAGUUGGUCCUGAGAGUGAGGAGCUAGCUGCGGCUUCACGUCUUGAGGAUGAUGUGAAUUUUUACCAGACUGUGGAUCCUGAAGUUGCAAAGCUUUUCAAUAUUGACACUAAUGCCAAACGCCCCGCAUUGAUCCUUGUCAAGAAAGAGGAGGAACAGCUAAACCAUUUUGAUGGAAAAUUCGACAAGUCUGCAAUAGUAGACUUUGUCUCCUCCAACAAGAUCCCUUUGGUAACAGUUUUUACAAGAGAAAAUGCUCCAACUAUCUUUGAAAAUCCAAUCAAGAAACAGGUGUUGCUGUUUGUGACUUCAAAUGAUUCAGAGAAAUUGCUCCCAGUAUUUCAGGAAGCAUCAAAGUCUUUCAAGGGAAAGUUGAUCUUUGUGCUUGUGGAAACUGAUAACGAAGAUGUUGGAAAGCCUGUUUCAGAUUACUUCGGUAUUAGUGGGACUGCUCCACAAGUACUUGCAUACACCGGAAAUGAUGAUGGAAGAAAAUUUGUGUUUGAAGGAGAAGUGACUGGUGACAAAAUUAAGGCAUUUGGGGAAGAUUUCCUUGAAGACAAGCUAAAACCUUUUUUCAAGUCAGAUCCAAUUCCUGAAAGUAAUGAUGGUGACGUGAAAAUAGUUGUUGGGAACAAUUUUGAUGAAAUUGUCUUGGAUGAGUCAAAGGACGUUCUCCUUGAGAUAUAUGCUCCCUGGUGUGGCCAUUGCCAACAUUUGGAGCCGAUAUACAACAAGCUUGCAAAACACCUUCGCAGUAUUGACUCUCUUGUAAUAGCCAAGAUGGAUGGAACACAAAAUGAGCAUCCCAGGGCAAAGUCUGAUGGAUUCCCCACUCUUCUCUUCUUCCCAGCAGGAAACAAAAGUUUUGAUCCUAUUACUGUUGAGACAGAUCGUACUGUGGUAGCCUUUUACAAGUUCCUCAAGCAGCAUGCAUCAAUCCCAUUCAAGCUCCAGAAACCAGCCUCAACUCCUAAACCAGAGAGCACUGAUGCCAAGGAGAGUUCUGAUGCCAAAGAGAACCAAAGUAGCAAUAGCGAUGUCAAGGAUGAGCUAUGAAGAGUUAAGAUAUGUUCCUAUUUCUAUGAUCAGAUUGAUUCUGACAUAGUGACUUAUAGAGAACAACCACUAAUUCUUCUCUCCCCACACGCCUAUAAAAGAGGUAAAGGAGGGAGGAAAAGGUGAACAAAUGCAAGGCAACUAUGUAUUAUUAAACUCACGAGUAUUUAGAAUUUUGGGGCGAGGCUUUAAUAAAAAAAAUCCCCAUUUAUUUCGGGUAUUUAGUUUAAUCCUCCUCACAUUCACAUUUAAAAAUAAACUAUGCUCAUAUCGUAUAACUUCUUUUGCAUAUUGAA